CUUGAUGAUGAAUCGUUGUUGAUGAUCCCCGAUAUUUAUGGGACUAGGAGGGACGCGUGGGGUUACGUCUUAUACGCUUAUGCGUUUACCGGUAACUAUACGCCUUCUGAAGCUUACAGGACUGCGGCAUCGGCGAACGUUACUAGCACCAUCAUCGCAGUCCCGACCGAGGCCACAUGUGGAGGUUUGUUCUGCAUUACAUUGCGAUUGUGGACACUAGUUGGUGACGGGUCAGAGAACCCAGAUUGGAGAGCUUGUACUGACACCUCGGACCUUCCUGGCACGCCCAUCGAUCCUCGAGCGGUACCAUCACCGAAUAAUGCUUCUAAUGCAUAUAUAACCUGGCAGGAGCCCACGUACACUGGGUGCCAUAUCAUAGUCCAAUAUCUUGUCGAGAUGUACGACACGGUGAUAUCGAAUCUUGACGGUCUCUGGUCUCCAGUCAG